AUCAUCACGCACCAAUAUAGUUCAACGCAAUUUGAACGUGAUCUGACGCAGUUCAAUGAACAAGCAAGGCGUGUUUACUCAACACGGUGUCGCGGGCGCACCAGGUGCAUACUUCAACUUUGAAAUUUCACCCAUCCUUGUCGUGCACUCUGAAAUGAGGCAGUCGUUUGAUCACUUCCUCACUUCUACUUGUGCUAUCGUCGGAGGUGUUCUUACCGUGGCUGCCCUGCUGGACAGUAUUUUAUUUGCCACCGGACGCAAGUUGACGCGCUGCGAUACUUCAUCAUGACCCAUCAUUUACCAAAUAACAUCACCCCCGACAUGGUCAUGCAGCUACCAGGAGAUCUCAAGGACCGUCGGACACCUCUUGGCGAGCUCAACUGAAUUUUCACCGCCAUAACAGACACCAUUGCGUGGACCACGUUCCCUCGGGACGUGUUCAUGCGGCUGUACCGCUCCGC